UUUGACUUUACGAUGCAAACUGUACUUUGACAACUUACUAUCUCAGCGGACCUAUUGUGGAAAAAUGAAUUUUGACCACAAGAAUGAAACUCUUACUAUAUCAGUUCAGCCUGGAGAGGGAAAUAAAGCCGCCUUCAAUGACAUGAGAGCCUUGUCCGGAGGUGAACGUUCCUUCUCCACGGUGUGCUUCAUUCUCUCCCUGUGGUCCAUUGCCGAAUCUCCUUUCAGAUGCCUGGAUGAGUUUGAUGUUUACAUGGAUAUGGUUAACAGAAGAAUUGCCAUGGACAUGAUACUUAAGAUGGCAGAUUCCCAGCGUUUUAGACAAUUUAUCUUGCUUACCCCUCAAAGCAUGAGCUCACUUCCUUCAAGCAAACUGAUAAGAAUUCUUCGAAUGUCUGAUCCCGAAAGAGGACAAACUACAUUGCCUUUCAGGCCUGUGACUCAAGAGGAAGAAGAUGACCGAAGUUGAUUUGUAAUUUAACAUGCCUUGUCCGCACAUUGAAAUAUUUGUGAAGGGAAAAAAAUUUUAGACAUUUGAUAUAAUAAAAUGAGACUGAAGAUACUCUGAAA